ACACACACUUACACACACACACACACACACACACCGAGCACGCUGACACUUUUCUAUAGUGACAUGGUUGUGUGGCUGAGGAGCUGAGAGGAAAGGACAGUACACACACACACACACACACACACACAGGCCUCAUUUUGUGCAUGUGAAAUGUGUGUGUUCUGUAAAAGCUAGUGGUUGGCUGCUUUUCCGGACAUGAUGUGGUUGAAUCUGUCAUCGUAAUGGAAAUUCAUUGCUGUAGCUAUGGUAAAUCGAGUUUUCUGCCUGUGCUGAAUGCAUUAGUCUAAUGAGAUGUUUGCAGCUGGAGAGCUGAGCUGCUGGAGACUUCCAGCCUGAGAGCAGACGGGGAGAAGAUGGCUUGUGCGGGGGGCUGUGUGCAUGGGCUGCCGAUCAUCUGUCCUUCCAGUCAUAACAUCAGCUCUAUGUAGAGCCUCUGACAACUGGGCUGCCAAAUAUAUCCACCCCACCAAGAAUCCUCCAUUGAAGCUUUACCUGUGGCCGAUUCCAAAAAUCUUUUGAGGUUUCUUUAUCCGUUAUCUGUGGCACUGUCUUAUGUCUCCUUCGGCACACAUGACCCAUCAAAUCACCAUAAGAGGAUUGAUUCUGAAAUAGUUGCUGCACCUAUAGCCCGUCGGAUAAUCAACGGCAUCGUGUUGAAAUAUCGCUUUUUAGUGACUUCUAUAUUACUACGAGCCAUUUUUACUUAACAGUAAAAGAAGAUUAUCUCUUUUGCAAAACAAAUUACAUGGUAUUCAAAGAUAUCGAUCUUCUCCAAGAUCCAUUGGGUCUUGUUUGUUGCAUGAAUAUUUCUUUAAUUGCUGUGAAAGAUCAAAGUUUGGGGAUGCAAUCUCCUAGAAUUCCUGGCAGAAAACGAGGGAGGCCCCCACUCCACUCCAGUCCUCUGAAAAUGACAGUCCAUAAUAUCUAUUCUGGCUCAGCUGGAUCCAUCCCACCUGUUAAAAUUCCAAAGAAGAGAGGAAGGAAACCUGGUUUUAAGUAUGUAAAGGCUCCUGUGCCACUGUUCAACUUACCAGAUGAAAGGGCCAUAGCCAAACCGAAACGUUGUUACUCACUGAAUGCCCUCACAAUAAAUCUUCAAGCACUGAAUCUUCAGAGUCUGAAAUCUCGUGUUGUAAUGACACCAUUAGCAAUUUCACCACCACGCAGUACCCCAGAGCCAGAUAUCAGCUCCAUUCCUCAGGAUGCAGCAACUGUGCCCAAUUCCACUAUCCCACAGGCACUCACAGUUUGCAUUUAUGUAAACAAGCAAGGUAACACAGGACCUUACCUUGACAGAAAAAAGGUCCAGCAACUGCCUGAUCACUUUGGACCGGAGCGCCCUUCCAUGGUAUUGCAGCAAGCAGUUCAAGCCUGCAUUGACUGUGCUCACCAGCAGAAAAGUGUAUUCUCCCUUGUUAAGCAGGGUUAUGGAGGAGAAAUGGUUUCAGUGUCUGCUUCAUUUGAGGGAAAGCAGCAUCUCCUCAGCCUGCCUGUGGUGAACAGCAUAGGGUAUGUCCUGCGCUUCCUAAAAAAGCUCUGCCGCAGCCUGAUCUGUGACAAUCUGUUCAGCAACCAGCCCUUUGUACAAUACAGCUCCACUUCAGACAACCCCAAGGAAUAUGAUACUGGCAGGAUGGAGACAGCAGAAACUGUCAUACCAGAAGAUUACCUGGUAGAUCCAGUGAAUACAAAGCGAUACAGCGUUGAUCCUUCUGACUCCGCCUUCAACUAUAUGAGUUCCCUCUACCCUGGAAGACAGAGCAAUGGAGAAGGACGUCUAAGUGGUGGAGGAAGCUCUUCAUGCAAUCACCGGUCAAGUCAGGUGUCUUCAGGAGGGCAAGCAUCAACAGGCUUAAGACGCCAAACAUCAAGUCCUACUAGAAGUGGAAGCUACCUUGAGGGAAACAGAAGUGCCUCAAGUCCCUCCCCUGAGAACCAGGAGACCAUACGGCCAUCUAGUAAAGAUCCCUCCAGCUGGACUGUGGAAGAUGUUGUCUGGUUUGUGAAGGAUGCUGAUCCACAGGCAUUGGGCCCACAUGUUGACCUCUUUAGAAAACAUGAGAUUGAUGGCAAUGCCCUGUUGUUGCUGAGGAGUGACAUGGUUAUGAAGUACUUAGGACUAAAACUGGGGCCUGCUCUGAAGCUUUGCUACCAUAUUGAUAAGUUGAAGACAACAAAGUUCUGAAGUUAAGACAAUUAAACAGGACUUUAACACACAAGAGCGGUAACAUGUUGCCUUAUCCAAAGGCCAUUCUGACACCUCUUUUUAUUUUUUCAUAGGCUUGUGUUUUACAAAUGGUUGUGUAAUUUUCAUAUUGGCCUAUCUUUAUUACUGAAAAAGGUAUUCAGUUUACAUGGUGGAUAUUACAGUAGAUGGCUGUUGUUAAACAUUGGAAAAAACAAGCAUGUGAUCACAAACAAUGAUGCUGCACUAUUUAUAUAGCAGGUGCUGUGAGAUUACACCUAGAUGCAACAUCCAAUCAAGAAUUGCCAUAUGAACUCAAUUUUUUGAAAGCUGGAGGUAUCACUUUGAUAUUAAAGAAUAACACCUUUUGGGUACACAAACUUGGCUGCUAUACAGAUAAUUUUUAUAUAGAAAACUUGCAUCAUGAAUGCUUGUUAGCUUGUCUGUAUCUUGCAUUUAAACCCAGUAAAUAUGUUAACCAACAA